AAAUGCCAACAACGUGCGUGGUUGUGUUUAUUAAUGGUGCGCAGUAGAUUAAGUGCAAGGUGGUGGUAAUGGUGUUUCAGAAUCAAACGCCAUUAUAGAACCAAAAGCGUUUCUUUUUAUAAAAAUUGGUCAGAAACUAAGUGAACAGAACUGGUAAACAGAAACAUAAGUGUAAGUGAAUAUUUCGUGUAAAGGGUUUUAUUUGUGGAAGUGAAUUGAAAGAAAGACCAGUCAAUGUCAGCAGGCGUGUCAGAACAGCGGAUGAAAGGACAAGGAAAUCAAGUGUCCAAUGGCCCUAAAGAGCAGUUAGGAGCAGGUGAAGGUGCAAGUGGCUCAGAAGAAUUCGAACCAUGGAGGUCUCAUCAACAAAAUUCAGCUGCUCACACUCCCUAUGGGGCUUCUGUACCAAUAUCCAGUGCAACAGAUAUUUACAAUAUGGGUACUGCAGGUUAUUAUGGAAGUGGAGGAACAUAUACGUAUCAAGGUUAUGGAGUGGGAGACGGAACUUGGUCAAAUGGAACAGAUAUGACCUUUUUAGGCGGAUAUCAUCAUGAAUCUUAUUCGAUGGAGGGUAUGUUCGGGCCGUCCACAACAUUUUCGACCCCCGCAUUUGGACAACCAUCUUCUUUCAAUUAUUUUCACAGCAAUGGAGACUACAAUACUUGGGGAAGUCAGUUAGGGGGUCAGAGGAAGUAUGACGAGUAUUAUAGGGACCCGCAAAAUAUGUACCCACCUGCUAUGGCCGAUUCCGCACUCAAACGUGUGGAACAAGGAAUGCAGAAUUUAGAAUUGAAAUCUUCUGAUGGGUCAAAAGAUUGUUUGGGUCCGAAAAAAACUACAUGGGCAAGCAUUGCCAGUCAACCUGCUAAGCCCCAACUUACUGUACAGAACCAAGCCCUUAAAAAAAAAGGACCUGGAAUGCCACCUGGUCCCAUAGUCCCCGGAAAGCAUAAUAUGGAUAUUGGCACUUGGGACACUGGGAAAAGUGCAGCACCACAACUGCCCAUCGUAAAUCAGAAUAUGCCAAAAGCAGUUAAUCCAGGAUUGACAGUGAGACCUAUCUGGAAUGGCCCUCCUACUGCUAGACCAGCUGCUCCCUCAUCAGCUCAAAGGCCUGGACCUCCUCAACAUCAACAUCCCUUGCAAAGCUAUCAACCUCCCACAAUAAUGCCAUCACAUUUGCCACCUCCUGUAACGAUGCCUACAAGUGUACAUAUGCAGGGCAUAAUGCCUCCCGCUCCUAUUCCUCUGAUGGUGCAACAACAACAGCAGCAGCAGCAGCCGGCCCCAACUCAUCCUGUUCUAGAUGAAUUGCGUGUGAAAAAUAACUACAAUCCCUCAGAGUUUGAUCUUAUGGCACAAAAUGCACGGUUUUUCGUGAUAAAAUCAUAUUCGGAGGAUGACAUUCACCGCUCCAUCAAGUAUGAGAUCUGGUGCUCCACAGAACAUGGAAAUAAGAGACUUGAUCAGGCAUAUAGAGAACGUGAGGGUAAUGGUGCAGUGUACUUGUUUUUCUCUGUGAACGGUUCGGGUCAUUUUUGCGGUAUGGCUCAGAUGGUCUCCCCGUUGGAUUAUAAUUCAAAUAGUUCAGUGUGGUCUCAGGACAAGUGGAAAGGACAGUUUAAAGUUAGGUGGAUUUAUGUGAAGGAUGUUCCUAAUGUUCAGCUAAGGCAUAUCCGUUUGGAAAACAAUGAAAAUAAACCAGUAACUAAUUCCAGGGAUACACAAGAAGUACCGCAUUCCAAAGGCCUAAUGGUAUUGAGGAUAAUGCACUCCUAUAGACAUUCAACAUCAAUAUUUGACGACUUCGUGCACUAUGAAAAGAGACAAGAAGAAGAAGACAAUAGAAAAAUUCCAUCAAGUAAGGAUGAGCAAGAAUUGACUCAUAGAGAACAUCAUAACAGGGAGAGAGAUAAUCAUAGAAGUGGUGGAGGUAGUUCCAGGAAUCAUGAUCAUGAUAAUGAAAAGGAUAGCUACAGACCGUCUGGAUAUCGACAUAAUGACCAUCAUGUGCCACAUCAUAAGGAUCGUGGAGAGAACAGUAGAGGUCGUGGAGGCAAAGGAGGUCGCAAUUAAU